AUGAAGAAGAACCCUCCAAUACAGGAUGUUAUUCUUCAACGGUUACAUGGCCAUACGUGCUUCAUACCGGAUCUUUGGUCUCUGAUAAGGAAUGAGCCCGGGGGAUCUUUACCAGAAGAUUACGCUGAUGCCAAUGACUUUCUCAGUCUCUUGCCCGGAGAUCCAGCCAAGGCACGCAAAGUAAAAGCUUCUGAUUUCCCACUAUUAGCCUGUCUAUGGUGGCCACAUACAUCAUUCAGAAAGCUGCGUGUCUUGGCAUUUCUAGUUGUAUGGCUGAUUGUCUGGGACGACGAACUGGAUGGGGCAUCCCAGUUGACGGCGUACAACCUGAAUAUGGGUCAGCAGUUUCGGGACGAGACGCGUCAGUAUAUCGGUAGCAGUCUGGAAUUGAAUUCGGAACAAUCUGAUCAUAUUACCGACAAUACCAUUAUUUGCGGGUUUAGUCCAAUAGCAAAUUUCAUCGGAGAAGAGUAUGACGAAGAACAUAGGCUCACAUUGGCAGAAGAGAUCAUGUUUGUCAUCGACGUGUCCAAGGUUGAACAGGAAAAUCGUCUUGGAACCGAUAUACCGUCAACCGACCAAUACCUGGCGUAUCGGCUCGGAACAAACUUGAUGGGGGUGAUAUGCGCUGCAACAGAGCUCUCCACGCACUUGCGUAUCCCCCGGUCAAUGACACGUAGUCCGUUGGUGAAAGAAAUCUGGCACGAGACGAACCUUAUCAUCGCUGUCACGAAUGAUAUCCUGUCCCUCAAGAAGGAGAUCGCUAGAUCACCGCAAACCGCCGUCGACAUUUCAAUCCAAAUACUCAAGGAUUCGUUCGCGGACUUGGACCGCAUUGAAGCUGAUAUUGUGGCAAGAUCUAAUCAAAUACCUUUGACGUUCUUGAUCGAAUCAUGCCGCCACUACUGCGCAGGUUUUAUUGAGUGGAGUCUUCGUACUCCACGAUACAUGCUCUCUACUCUGCCUGUAGAUCAGACGGGGGCUAUGAUCUUGUUAUUUUGA